AUGGAAACUGACUUAUCAUGGAACAGAUUGUCAUCAAUGAAGCCGAACUCCUUCUCUGCUCUUCCGGCUCUCAUCAAACUCGACCUGUCGUCCAAUCAGCUGUCGUCUCUGCCUCUGAUUGGUCUGCAGAGUCUAACUCAUCUGCGAUUGGCCGGAAACACACAGCUGAUGGAGUUAAUGCCACGAGAGGACCUGCCGCGAGUCAGGGUGAUGGAGCUUCCUUACGCCUUCCAGUGCUGUGCCUUCGUCUCCUGUGAGAGGAGAGGAGGAGGAGGAGGAGGAGGAGGAGGAGGAGGAGGAGGAGGUUCGUCCUGGGAGAGAGAGGAAGCAGCAGACUCUACCGGGAGAGAAACCGCCGUCCUAUCCAGCCAAGUCGAUCAGGACUGGGAUGAUUUCCUGAUGGAGUUUGAAGAAGAACCUAAACUUCAACACUCCGUCCACUGCAGCCCUGCACCAGGACCGUUCCGCCCCUGCCUCCAUCUGCUCGGCAGCUGGUUGAUCCGUGGAGGGGUGUGGCUCAUCGCAGCGCUCUCAUUGGUCAGCAACAGCCUGGUCGUCCUGUCGGUCUUCUUUUCCCCCGCCUCCUCAGUGACUCCAUCCAAGCUGUUGAUUGGUCUACUGGCCCUGGUGAACGGCCUGAUGGGAGUGUGGAGCGGGUGGUUGGCGGCGGUGGAUGCCUGGACGUUUGGCAGUUUUUGGAGGUACGGGGCGAGGUGGGAGAGCAGCUUCCUGUGUCGGCUCAGUGGCUUCCUGUGUGUGUUUGCGUCUCAGACCGGCCUCUUCCUGUUAACGGUCGCCGCUCUGGAGCGAUGCCUCGCCGCCACCGCCGCCACACGCCGCCACAACAAACCGGACGGACACACUGGUCGCUCCUCGUCGCCGCUCUCCGUCCGUCUGGCCGUCUGUCUGUGCUUCCUGUUGGGCCUGGCCGUCACGCUGCCCCCCCUGGUGGCCGGACACAGCAGCACCUCCCUCUGUCUGCCGCUGCCUUCCUCCUCCUCCUCCUCCUCCCUGGCCCUCUCCGUCUCCCUGGUGCUCCUCGACUCGCUGUGCUUCCUCCUCAUGACGUUUGCCUACACUCGUCUCUACUGGCGGGCCAGCAAAGCUGCGCCCUCCGCCGCCGACGAGGAGGCAGCGUUGACUCGACACGUAGCCUGGCUGCUCUUCUCGGACUGCCUCCUCUACCUCCCCGUGGCCUUCCUCUCCUUCUCCUCGCUGCUGCGCCUCCCCGCCGCCGGACCGGAGGCGGCGAAGGGGGUGCUGCUGCUCGUGGCGCCACUGCCGGCCUGCGUCAACCCACUGCUCUACCUCCUCUUCAACCCGCUCGCCCGGCACGAGCUGGCGGCGCUCACCAAACGCACCUGCGGGGCAGCGGCGGUACCCGGACUCUGCAGGGGAAGAAGAGGAGGAGGAGGAGGAGGAGGAGGAAGGUCGAGGCCGGACAUGGUGGAUUCAAUGUACGACGAGGACGCGGAGAAACAGUCGUGUGACUCGACGCAGGCGCUGGUGGUGGUCAGAGGCACGAAGGAGGAGGAGGAGGAGGAGAGAGGAAGACAAAAGAGCGAGACACAUUUAGUUCCGUUUGUUGUUCCUCAUCAAUAGACUGACACACACACACACACACACACACACACACACACACAAACACGGCAUCUAAAGGUCUCACCUGCCAAAGACUCACCUGAACUCGUUGGUUAGAUUCAGUCUUGUCUCGUUUUUCUUUUUAGUAUUUUUGGAAGAAUUUCUUUUGCCUUUAUUGUGUAAAACCCUCUGCAGGAGACGCCUAUUAUUUGGUCUCUUUUGUCCCAGAUGGCCACCGUACUCUCUCUCAGAUGAUAGCCAAUCAGAUCAAAGCAAAAGGACUUCAAGGUUGCAUUUAAUCGAGGGUGUGUGCUUUUUAAUUCCAAAAGAAAAUACAUGCGAUAAUCAACUUGAGUGAAGUAUUAAUUUUGAUGAAUUAUUAUAGCCGCCAGACUUUUGGCAAGUGAGUCAAAGACUUCACACACACACACACACACACACACACAUGCACACACACUGCAGACUGUGUGGUAGCAAAUGUAGCAGAGACGCAUAAAGCUAAAAAAAUAGUAAAUCAAAAGAUAAAAGACACAAAGAUAAAUGAACAAAGAAAUUGUCACUGUCCAGGAUUUUAACAAUAUCAACUCUCUGAUUCGUCAAGCCAAGGCUUCAUUUCAGAGUGCACACCCACACACACACACACACACACGCAUUACGAGCAGUCAGCAGCUUUUAUUUUGAAAUAUGACACGAUUUACAGCACUGUGUUACCAAACAUCCAACCAAAUGUUCUACCAAAUGCUGUUGAGCAUUAUGUCUGUGUGUGUGUCUGUGUGUGUGUGUAUGUCUGUAUGUGUGUGUAUGUGUGUGUGUGUAUGUCUG